AUGUUUCUGAUUUUCAGGUAUUUCCCGUAUGGAGCUAAUGGAGUACUUGCUGGAUCUGCAACCGUUUUUUUCUCAUAUGUUGGUUUUGAUGCAGUAACCAGCACAGCAGAAGAGGUGAAGAAUCCUCAGAGAGAUUUACCUAUUGGGAUUGGGGUAUCACUGUUUACAUGUUGUGUUUUGUAUAUGUUCGUAUCUGCUGUUGUGAUUGGUUUGGUGUCAUGUUCCCAAUUAGACCCUGAUACCCUAUCGCCUCUACUUUUGCUAGUUAUGGAAUGA